AUGGGAGCAUCCCAGAGUGCAGAACAAGAGGCACGUCCCGAAGUGGUGCGCAUUGACCGAAAUGAGAUUCCCGAGGAGUACAAAACCGUCGGUGUAUCAUCGGACGUUGUGAGCCGAGUCAAUGCGACCAGAGUUGCCGGAAACGACGGAGAAAGUGACCGUCUCAGACAAGAAUUGGCUCGAGAGCGUGAAGAAAAAGCUAGAUUAAGAGAAGAUAUGGCUAAGCUCAGUCAGCUGCAACAGAGAAAGACCGCUGGAAUUUCCGCCGCCCCAGUUUCGAUUUCCGGAAAUGAUUUGGAGGAGAGAAAGAAAAUUUUCGAUGACACUGUUGAACGCGUUCAGAAGCAAUUCUUCGCUUAUCACCGUGAAAAUGUGUGCCAGGAUAAUGAAAAUGAGAUUGUAAGAUGUCUUCAAGAAAAUCCAGGACGUGUUUUGAAGUGUGCUCCACUUACUGAGGCAUUCGAGAAAUGUGUCGGCGAGUUCAGGCAACAAGUGCUCAAGGGAAAUUAAAUUUCUUCAUAUCGAUUUUUAAAUACAUUGUUUCAUAUUUCCCCACAUUUUUUUGAUCGUAGUGUUGUAUAGGUGUGUGUGCGUGCCCCGUUUUCUCAAAACUUGUAUUUCCCCCUCAGCCUCCCACCCAAAAACUUUUGCUUUUUUAUUUCAAAUUUUUUUGUUCCACGAACGAAACAAUAAACUUCUAGGGAACUUUU